GAGGGAGCCGCGAUCCUUCUGCCAAGACUUGCUCCCAGACAGACAUCCUGGACAAGGUGGUCCGGGACAAGGGGCAGGCGGUGCUUCGCUUGAGAGAUGUGCAGAGACCCGCGGGGACAGCAGACCCUCUGUCAGCCGGCGUGCGGGGACGUCCAGGACGCAGGGAACCUGCCAGCUGGUGGUCGUGGGAUAGCAGGCGGCCACCUCAGGCCUUGCUUUCUUGCAUGCUUGCCCGUUCCCUCGGCCGUGCCAGACCUGCGCCUGUGGUUUGUCCCCAGUGGGGCGAUUCCUGGAGGCGAGAGCUGGCCAGCCCUGCAGCCCAUGUCCGGCAGUGACACGCCCCAGGGAAGUCCACGUGAGGAACCUGGUUGUAGCAGAAAGAACCAGAGACCCGGCUCCAGCCCCCACCCUACGCGCUCAGGCCAAAGGAGUGCGCAGGCCGCGGCACCACAAUUCGCGGUGCAGGGUCUGGACCUGCUAGCAGGGCCGUGGGGACCCCCAGAGAUGGUGCCCACCAGGUGUCAUGAAUGCUGGCUAGACUGUCUCUGUCCCUGGGGCCCCCUGUCCUGGAAGCUUCAGCCAGAGUGUAUGUGUGUGUGUGUGCGCGCGCGCGCGUGCACGUGUCAGUGUGUGCACGUGUGUGUGAGGGCUUUGAAAGCUGAGGUUUAUGCAGAGGGACACUGGGCACAUGGUUGGCAGUGGACGGCCGUGUGUGGGGGAUGGGCUGCGCAGGCCUCAGCCCCGCCCCCUCCCCGCAGAGCAGCAAGAUGGGUGUGGAGGCCGUGAUGGCGCUGCUGGAGGCCACGCCUGACACGCCGGCCUGCGUGGUCAGCCACUCGGGGAACCAGUCCGUGCGGCUGCCCCUCAUGGAGUGCGUGCAGAUGACGAAGGAGGUGCAGAAAGCCAUGGACAACAAGAAGUUUGACGAGGCCAUCCAGCUCCGCGGCAGGUGAGGCCCGCGCAGC